AUGAGCUUCCGUCUCUCUUUUCCAAAGCCCUCCCCUUUGUUCUCAGUUCUCAGCCACGGCGACCUUAAAGCGAUGAAUGUCCUCGUCAACCCCAGGAGUGGAAAUAUUACUCGGGUUGUUGACUGGGCUGAAUCAAGGAUUCUGCCGUUCGGUUUCGCACUAUACGGGCUUGAGAGCUUUUUGGGCCGAAUGAAUUCCGAAGGGUGGCACUACUACGAUCGCUACCGUGAACUCGAGAGCCUAUUCUGGCAAACUUUUCGAGAAGAGGCACAGAAUUUCUCUGGCGCUGAUUUGCAUUUGGUCCGUGUUGUGAGAAUGGCUGGAUUUUUCUACCGUUAUGGACUUGACUUUGACACAAAUGGCGUGGUGCAAGGAAUGCGGAUGAACCAGCCAGAUGGUUCGCUCGCAUAUCUCGAUACUUUCUGCGCUGCUAAUGAGUGGGCUCCUCUUCUAUAA